AUGAAUGCACCUCUGUUUGAGGGAGGUGAAACAGUGAGAGUCGGUGUUGUACUUACUACAGUUCCAGAGGGUAAAAACUGUGUAGUUACUGGUGAAGAUGGACAUACUGUGACCUACAUAUCAGGGAAUGAUGAGGAAAAAAAGUCGUUCUUAUUUGACCAAGUUGUGACUGAUGACAGCAUACAGCCUCUCACUGAGUCCAUAUCUAGUGGUUAUAAUGGAGCACUGCUUAUAUGUGGAGCCUCCACUGAGAGGAUGAGCACUCUGAUUGACCAAAGUAUCAUCAAACAGUUUCAUCCAGAUGGCAGUGCUGUGGAUCUCCUGAGCUCCAGCAGACAGACUCUAAAACUUGUGAUGCACCCAGUCCUUGGAAGUCUUAUAGGAGGUUUAAGUGAGGUGUGUGUGGACUCAGCACAGGAGGCAUAUACUCUUUAUGAAACAUGCAGAGAAACACUGAAGGCCAGUGCAGGGUCCAUUUCCAGUAGAUGUAGUUCCCUGUUCUUAGUGACUGUUGAGAGAAAAUACCACCCAGAGGAAGUGGAGUCCGAGGUCUGCCGCAGCAGACUGCAGCUGUUCAGCCUGACAGGAGGAGUCGGCAGGACUGACCUCCGAGGAGUCAGCCCACUGAUGAAAGUUGUAGACCAAAUCCAACAUGAGGCCACAACAACCGACAAGCUCCUGCCUUUCCUCCUAAAUGACGCCUUAACAGGAAACAGUAAGACGGUUCUUAUCUACUGUAUCCACCCUCAAGAUGACGAGACACCCUCUGCUUUAGCCUUUGCCCAAAAAGUGAGUAGUUUGGUAACUAAGGCUGCUAUUGGAUGCUGGUGUCCGAAGGCAACUGAGCAAGAGAUCAGAGGUUGCAUCAUGGAUGUAAGAAAUGCAAUGAUGUCACAGGGGGAAAAUGCAGUGCACAACACCUACAGGCUAGCAGAGCUGGUCCAAAACCUGCAGAUUGUGAAAGAUCAGUCAUGGGAGAAGAGGAGGGAAAAGUCACAGAAGAUGAAAGACAAAAUUAAGGUUUUAACAGAUAGCUUUCAGUCCCUGAAUAGCAAUUGGCACUUUACUGGAGAUCACAGCGUUAAUCACGGAGAGAGUACAGACGCCUUAAAAUAUUUACAGGAACAGUUGAGACAGGAAAUGGAAGAUCACAUCAAAGAGGGUAAAGGGAAUGUGGAGAAAGUCCAGGACAGGGUAACAAGAAUAAAUCAGCUGAGGGAGACUCUCGAAGAGGAAACAGCAAAGAAUGGGGCUGCUGCAGAGAAAUCUGACCUCUGCCAUCAAUUUAAUGAUCAGUCUCAGUUGGAGUACAGCAAAGCCCUGGAGCGGAGGAGGCAACUUAAAGAGGACCAUGGGAGAUUAAUUCAGGAAGAGGUGGAGACGAUGCAGCGAGACUUGGCACAGCAACAGCUACCAACAGAGGACCCCCAGAGAGAGCUGCGGGUGCUGACCAGAGAGAGGCGGGUCUUGGUGCUGCAGAUAGAAGCCCUGCGCGCUGAGGCCCAGCAGGCUGAGAGAGACCUGCAGGAUCAAUAUCACAAACACCAAGCAGAGCUACAUUGUCUGAGGGAGGAGAGCCUGCAGGUGUUCAGCGUGUUUCGUCAGGUAUGUGAGGAGCAGAGGAAGAUGUCAGAGGGCAGAUACAGAAGUGUGCUGCUGGAGGCCGUGCAGGACGCCGUCUACCUGUCUGCCCAGAACCAGCAGCUGCAGGCUGACAACAAACAACUCCACAAAGCACUGGGAGAGUUAAAGGAUGCUCUAGCUGUGCGAGGUGAUCCUAAAGCUUAA